CAAAAGAAACCAAAACCCCCAAAGGCCCAAACGGUCAUCCCUUCUCCUCUCUGCGCUCUCCCGAUUCGAAUUCAAUGGCCAAAGGCAGCGGCGGCUCGCCGGCGCCCCCUCGGGGCCAGGUCUACCUUCCCGAGUGGCGCCGCCUGUACGACCGCCUGCUGAAGAUGCUGCGCGAGGAGCACGCGCUGGCUGAGGAGCUCGCCAUCGAGCGCGCGCACCUCGCCGCCGAGCUCGAGCUCCAGCGCAUCGGCCGCCGCGGGCGCGAGGAGAUCUUCCAGGCCCGCAUCCAGCAGAUCUGGAGGGAGGAGGAGCUCAGGAAGAGGGUCGAGAAGGCCGAGAGGGAGGUGCUCAUCGGGGGCAAGGAUCUGGAGAGUCGCUGCUACCAGAAGCUCGUAGAAAUCACAGAUAGUGACGCAGAGGAAUUCAGAAGUGCUAUUGCUGCUUUGACAGCUGAAAAUUCUGAACUAAAGGCAAAACUGAAGGAGGUUGAAAGUCAGGCACAGCUUAAUGAGAACAGUGCGGAUCAUCAGCAAAGUGGAAAAGGUCUGCGGCUAGAGAUACGGAAACUGAAGCAAGCUUACAAGACUCUGAGCUCAGAGAAGGACAAGCAAAUUUCAGCAUUAAAUGCAGAAAAAGAUUUUGUGUGGAACCAGUUGAAGACCAUGGAGCGGGAUUAUAUGGUGACCAUUAAGAUCAAGAACAUAGAGGCCAAGCAAGCUACUGAUGCAGCACAAAAGCUUCUGAAGAAUGUAGAUGAACUGCAAGUGGCAGCCCAAAAGAAGGAUGAUGAAAUCGACAGACUCCAAGCAGAGGUGACCAGUGCCAAAGAGAAGAUGUUGCUUCUUGAGGAUGAGCUAAAACAAAUGCAUUCCUUGGUCAAGGGCAAAGAUGUUGAAAUCAGUAAAAAUAAAGAUCAUCAAUCUGAGAGCAGUCGAAAGUCGAAGAAGGAUAUUAACAAGACAAACAGAAAAUCUAAGUCAGAAGACCCUGUUUCAAAGGAAAAAUUAAGAACUUCACAGGUCACGCCAGACAGGAUAGAAGUGAAGACUUCCAGAACUCGUACAUCUGAGACUAGUCAAAAGCGCAAGCGUGGCUCUUCCUUAUCAUGUGGUUCCCGGCGAUGCUCCACUAGGCCGCCACAAGUUAAAGCUGCCGUGUCCCCUAUGCUCCUCCCGCCCAGCUUCACAGUUCCUAGACUGAAGACCCCAACCCCUCCCAAACUUGAUGUGUUUACACCCCUGCUGCCAUAAUCUGAUGUGCUGACAUUUGCAAUUGCUGAUACACACCCUGCUCUGAUAGUAUUUAGGUGAGGCUAAGCUUAUCCAUUGCUUCUCGUGGGCCUGGCUAUGUUGUGAGGCAGCAUGAUAUGGAUGAUGGACCGUGUUGUAACAUAUUUCUUCUCUCGUCUCCUUGUUGGGGGUGCUGUGCUAAUGGUGGGUUUCAUUGUUGUUUAUGUAAGCUUAUCACUUGCUGUUCGCCUGAUGGCUUUAACUUGAAGCCAUAAUUAUUGGAUGAUCAGCGGUGUUUGUAAUGUAGUUCUGAUCCAUCUUAUGAUUGUAUUUCCAAUGAAUGGAUGAUCGAUUAUGUUAUUUGUGCCAAUGCAUGAUGAUA